UUUUUUUCCACUUCCUAACCAACCCAGGCAUUUUUGUCUCUCUUUCUUUCUUUUUCUUUAUAUAUAUAUAUAUAUGUAUAUCUUUGGAAAUGAGUUUACCAAGUACAAUAGCACAACAUCUUAUUGAUAUAGAUAAUCAAGAAUAUGUAACUUCCAUGUUAAAAGAUCAAGAAGAAUGUUUUGAUAUAUACCAAACAAGUCAACGGAACCUUGAAGCUUUCAAUAACUUUAGUAAAUCUCGUUAUCAACAAGUACAUGGUCAUUUCGAAUCUCAUACAAAGUUAUUACGGGAAGUUAAGUCAGAUCUUGAUAAUGUCUUUAUGAAACUAAGAAAGAUCAAAAAUCAAUUAGAAUUGAAAUAUCCUGAUGAAAUGAAACUGGCAUUGGAAAAGUAUCCUCCUUUAGUGAUAGAAGAUGAUUAAUUAGUUUUAUACCUUUAGUUAGUGUACAUAUUAAAUAAAAAUAAUAAAAAAAAA